AUGUUCAAGUUGGUGGCACUUUUCGCCUUGUUAGCCGUGGCAGCAGCCCGUCCAGGAUACGUAGCACCUGUUGCUUACACUGCACCUCUCGUCAGCUACGCCGAACCAUCUUUAACCGUAGUAAAAACAGUUCCCCAUGCCGUAUCGCACCAGUCCAGUACCGUAGUCCAUGGCUCAGCCCCCGUCGUAGCUCCCGUAGUCAGUCACUAUGCUGCAGCUCCCGUUGUAAGUCAUUACGGCACCCCAGUGGUCAGCUACUCAUCGCCAGUUUUAAGCACUUGUUGUAAUUCUCAACAAUACCUGACAGUUAUUGUUGUAUAUUGAAUUUAGGUGGUGUUGUUCGCUCUCGUCGCCGUAGUAGUUGCCCGUCCCGGAAACCUCGGCUUAGCCUACUCUUACACAGCCCCUCUGGCUUAUGCUGCUCCACUCGCGUACUCUGCUCCUCUGACAGUCGUCAAGUCGGUUCCAACUUCGGUCUCUCACCAAUCCAGCACGGUGGUUCACGACUCGGCUCCAGUCGUAGCACCAGUCGUGGCACCGGCCGUUGUGGGCGCACAUUACACACCAGCUUUGGCUUACUCGGCUCCAUUGCUUCACGCCUGGUAGAUUCGGAGGACGCGCAGCAGAUCGAGA